GACUCCUGAUGGCCCCAAUAGAGCCUGGAGCCUGGGAUUAGGGCAAGAGAGCUCCCCAGACCACCUAAGGUCCUGGUUUAGGGAGAGAGGGGGUUUGGGGGCAGACACUGGUAGAACUUCAAAGAGCUGAGCCAAGUUUUUCACUUCCUCUUGCCCUUUGAGUGAAUCAGACACGCACCCCUCUCAGGAGCUCGGAGCAUGCUAUCUUAUGCCCUUGGCUACCAGCUUUGCUUCUUGGACUUGAAAUUUUGCUGCGAUCAGAUCAAAUUUUCCUCAGCUUCAGAGAGCCAUGGGCUCUAGAUGUGAUUUCUCAGGCUUGAGGUUUUGCCUGAUUCCUCUCCUGGUCCUAGCGUUGGCUCUGGCUGACACCAACUUCCCCCAGUUUCUGCCUUGCGAACUUCAGCCUUUUGGCAUGGUGGACUGCGAUCGACGGAGUCUAGGCUGCGUGCCCUCCUUUGCUGGGGCAACUCCGACAGCCUUGGCCAACGUCACAACCCUUCUGCUCCGGCACAACCACAUCAGCCACCUCCAACCGGCUCAUUUUACACAUUUGCGUAACCUGCGGCAGCUCUUGCUCAGAUGGAACUGUGCACCCACCAACCUCACAGCUCUCCGCCUGCCCUGCCGGAUGGUCAUAGAGCCAGGCACCUUCCUAGAGUUACCUAAGCUGGAGCACCUCGACCUGUCAGGGAACAGCAUCACGUCGAUACCUGACCUGCCACCUUCUCUGACCAGCUUGGUCAUCAGCUACACGAUGAUCCUUGCACUGGACUCAGCCACCUUCUCGGGACUCCGUGGCCUGCGCUCCCUCUAUAUGGAUGGCAACUGUUAUUACAAGAACCCCUGUGGGCGGGAGGUGGAUGUACCGCCGGGGGCACUGGCCAACCUGUACCACCUCACCAACCUGUCCCUCAAAUACGACAACCUGACGUCAGUACCUAGGGGGCUCCCUGCCAGCCUGCAGAUGCUGCUGAUCUCUUCCAAUCACAUUGUAAGCUUUUCUCCCCAAGACUUUGCUGGAUUUCCAGCCUUGCGAGUGCUGGAUGUGAGUAGGAAUUGUCGGCGUUGUGACCAUGCUUACAACCCAUGUAAGGAAUGCCCGGAGGGGUACCCCAAGGUGGACCCAGAUACUUUUAGCCAUCUAAGAGCAUUAGAAGGACUGGUACUGAGUGACAACUCUUUGAGUCAGCUUGACCCCCGUUGGUUUCAGAACCUGGACAAUCUCACCGUGUUAGACCUGAGCGAGAACUUCCUCUCUGAGGACAUCACCAACACCACCGCCUUUCAAAGCCUGGCCAAGCUGAAAAAGCUGAACCUGGCCUUCAACUACCACAAGAAGGUGUCCUAUGCCCGGCUCCACCUGGCCCCCUCCUUCCAGAAUCUGACAUCCCUGGAGGUGUUGGAUAUGACAGGUAUCUUUUUCCGAUCCCUCACAAGGGCUACCAUCCAGCCCCUGCUAGGGCUCCCCUCCUUCCGGAAGCUGCUCCUGCCCAUGAAUUUCAUCAGCAAAGCUGAGCUGUCUGUCUUUGGCCACUUCCGCUCCCUGAAGUAUGUGGACUUGUCUGAAAACAAGGUGACAAGUGUAAGCAAAGUGACAAGUAUGAACAGAGAGUCAGCAGCCAGCACAGAGCUCCUUCUGGGGUUGGAGAGAACCUCCCAGGACCAUCCUCCUAUUUCUGAGGACUUUAUGCCCCGCUGUGAUUCAUCCAAUUUUAUCCUAGACCUCUCCCAGAACAACCUGGUGACCAUCCAGCCAGAGAUGUUUAAUCAGCUCUCUGCUGUUGAAUGCCUGAGGCUGUCCAGCAACAGCAUCAACCAGGCUGUCAAUGGCUCCCAGUUCGGCCCACUGACCAGCUUGUGGCUGCUGGACUUGUCUCAAAACAAGCUGGACUUGUAUCAUAGCAGAUCAUUCACUGAACUGCCCCACCUCAAGGCUCUGGACCUCAGCUUCAACAGCCAGUCCUUCCGAGCCCAUGGCAUCGGCCACAAUCUGAGCUUUGUAAGUCACCUCCCUAACCUGCGCUAUCUCAGCCUGGCUCACAAUCAGAUCUACACCAGGGUCUCCCAGAAGCUCUUUAGCAACUCCUUAGAAGCCCUCGACUUUAGUGGUAACCGGCUGAGUAGCAUGUGGGCUGAGGGUGACCUCUACCAAUACUUCUUUCAUGGUCUCAGCAGGCUGUCCCGGUUGGACCUGUCCCAGAACAAACUUCGCACUCUCCCCAACCAAGCCCUGGACCGUCUGCCCAAGAGCCUUCGCCUGCUCUGGGCCAAGGACAACCACAUUACCUUCUUUAACUGGAGCAGCUUGCACUUCCUGCCUUCCCUGGAGGUGCUCGAUCUAUCUGGGAAUCUGCUGGGCCGCCUGGCCACGGGUCACAUCCCCAGCAGCACCCAGCUUCACACCUUAAACCUCAGCAGGAAUGGCAUUAACUUCAUUGCCCAUGGCUUCUUUACCCCAGCCAGCAAACUGCGGGCUCUCAACCUGUAUGGCAAUGCUCUGAAGACCUUGGACCGAGGCUGGUUUGGGAGUCUGGCACUAUCUCUGCAGGAGUUGGACAUCGGGGCUAACCCACUGCAUUGUGAGUGUGAUGCCACUUUCUUAGAUUUCCUUUUGGAGAUUCAGGCAGCCGUGCCUGGCCUCACCAACAAGGUGGUAUGUGGGAGCCCCUUCCCACUCAAUGGCAAAAGUGUCUUUAUGCAAGACCUGCGUUUGUGCCUCGAUGUGAGGCUGGCCUGCAGCUGCUUUGCUUUCUCCCUGCUGGGCACACUACUGACCUUAGCCAUGCCCACCCUACAGCAUCUGUUUGGCUGGGACCUCUGGUAUAUCUUCCAUCUCGGCCUAGCCUGGCUGCCGUGGCGAGUGUGGCAGAAGCGGAAGGCCUCUGCUCAGUCCUAUGACUAUGAUGCUUUUGUGGUGUUUGACAAGGCCCAGGAAGCUGUGGCCGACUGGGUGUACAAUGAGCUGAGGGUACGCAUGGAGGAAGGGAAGGGCAGGGGGAAGGGGCGGCUUCGGUUCCGUCUGUGUCUGGAAGACCGGGACUGGCUGCCUGGGAAGAGCCUCAUUGAGAACCUUUGGGAUUCUGUGUAUAGAAGCCGCAAGACUGUCUUCGUGCUAUCUUCUCGUGGUCCAGCAGUCAGUCAGCCAGUCAGUGGCCUGCUUCGUGCUACUUUCUACUUGGCCCAGCAGAGGCUGUUGGAUGACAAGCAAGACGUAGUGGUGCUGGUCAUCCUGAACCGUGCAGCCCGCAAAUCCCGCUAUGUUAGGCUCCGCCAACGCCUCUGCCGCCAGACUGUCCUUUUCUGGCCUCACCAACCCAGUGGCCAGGACAGCUUCUGGGCCCAGCUCUGCACUGCCCUGGCCACAAACAACAGGAGCUUCUAUAACCAAAAUUUUUGCCGGGGACCCUGAGAUUUCCCUGGGAGGGUGGGUGGGGACAAAUGCA